AUGAAAUACAUUGUUCUUGUCGCCUGCCUUUUGGCCUUCACCUAUGCCAAUGAGGAUGCUGAAAUUGUCAAGUCCGAGUCCGAAGUCAAUGUGGAAGAUUUCAAAUAUGCCCUCGAAUUGACCAACCACAUUAAGGCUUUCCAAGAGGGACAUUUGCAAGAUAAGGACAACUGGGUGGUCAAGGGUGAAUACGAGUUCGAUACCAAGGAUGGCAAGCACGUGAAGGUUACCUACACUGCCGAUGACCAUGGUUAUCAUCCAACCGUUGAACAAUAA